AUGCCCCUCUUGAACCUCCCCACAGAACUCCUCCAGCCAAUCUUCGACUUCUGCUCUGUCACAAGCUGUCUCCAAGCGGCCUACUCAUGCCGCACCCUCUUCAUCUUUCUCUCAAACUAUCGCAAAGGCGUCUUGCACCAAUUAUCCCGACUCCCUUCGUACCCCAACACCACUACAAAUGGUACAAAUGACUGCGCCGAUCUCUCUUCAAAAACUACAGCAGAGCUCUUCCUCCUGCUGCGCCGACGUGCAGCGCAGCAGCUCUGCGGUGCCAAUUUCCACGCCAAUCAGAGCGUGUAUACAUUUGGCGAGGGACAACCUGUCAUUGACACGCUGGCAUCGGCUAUACGGCCGCAGUUGGGAGAUCCAAAUGUCGCGCUAGUGAAAAAGGGGUUCCCGCACGUUUAUCUCUAUUUCAUUUCUGGCGGCCAAGUUCUUCCCAGGGACGUGUUGCAGCCUGUUAUGGCGUGGCCUGGGAGGGUUGAAGUCAUCAAAGUUGUUUUCGGGGAUGAUGGGGACACGAUCUCUGUGUUGCAGAGGUAUAUACCGCUGGAGGAAGGGGAGUUGGAAGAUGGAAAUGGGAAUUGGAACGAAAGGAGACCCGAUCAUCCCUUUGUCCAGGAGGCGUUGAAACCAUAUCGGAAAGAAAGUACGCAGCUGGUGCAUUAUCGGCGUCUUCCACCGCGGCUGGGAUACUCCCGUGUGACGAUAUCUGCCUUUCCGGCUCUGGAUCAGUACCGUCCGCUGGCAAUGGCUGUGGCAGAUAGGGACCUGGUAGCCAUCUCCUGGCAGCAUAGACGGAACCCAGGCAAACGCAAGAUCAUCGUACAUACGGAAUUUUCGGAUGCUGUUGCGGCUAAUCUGAAAUUAUCUUACCAAGUCUACAACAACUGCGUAAUAAUCGAAAAAGACGGCACCAUACCAUACAAUAACAACUUAGCUCGCCAACGAAACGCAGGCCACAUGGAACCCGUAAUCCAUAUGUCCCUAAACGACAACUCCACCCAGCUGCUUUACUACCACCCCUCAUCAACAAUAUACAGCUCCUACCAGCACAUGAACGUCGAAUACGGCUCAAUGAACUUCACAAGCGGCCUCCUCCGCAACUCCUGCUGGGUCCACUACUAUCAUUUGGACCGGCUCCAUAACUACGACGACUGGCUGGACCUAAUGUUCACAGUCUCCAUUCCCUUUUUCAGUACACAUCAGACCUACACUGAGCCUUCCAACCGCGAGUUUUGCCACUGGAAAUACCUUUCCCUCGGCACCGCGACGGACGAAAAUGGGAAACUGGUCGCCUGCCUCCUUAAGGCGGAAGCGCACUGUCGCUCGCACAACUGCCAACAUGAAGAGAACCUCGACCGCGGCCGCCGGUUCGAUACGUGGGCUGUCGUCGCGCGGUUGGCGGGGUAUAGCAUGAGCGUGAACUCGCUGCCUGGUAUUGUUGCGACGUCGCGGUCCGCGAUGCGGUUGGCGAUUGCAAAUUGGAAAACGAUUAAGGUGUGGGCGAUUAAUCCGGAGGCUAUUAUUGAGAAUAAUUUGGAUGGGGUUUAUCCUGCGAACAUGAUUGAUGAGGUGACGACUGCGGUGCUGUUGGAGCCGAUUGUGUUGGAGAGUGAUGCUGUGUGUUUUAUGAUGAGGUUUACGGAGGAAGGGGAUGAGAUUGUUGCGUUGACAGAUAGGGGUGUUAUGAGGUGGGAGAUUGGGGCGGGGAGUUAUCGGAGGAGGGACAAGGGGGUGUUGGAGAUUCCGAAUGCGGUUGAGGAAGAGGAGGAGGAGGAGAGCUUGAGCGUUGUCCCAAGGAUGAAUGCUGAUAGCGACGAGGAGCAGAAUUUCCAUAAUAAUGAUGAAGAUGAUGACGAUGAUGACGAUGAUGAUUAUUAUGAGGAGGAGGAGGAAGAGGAGAUAGACAGUGAUGAUAUAACGUCUUCCUUUUAG